GCACAACCCAGGCAGCAACUGGAGCUACUCUCCAGAACAAGGCGACCUCUAAGCUCCCAUCUUUCACAGGAACGAUGUGCUGAUAUUGCAGAAGGAUCACGGCAACAAUGGAAUAUCAGAUACUGAAUACAUCUACCUGUCUGCUGGUCCUUCUGUUUUUCACACCCACUGUUUGGGGUAUCUGUCCUUCUAACUGUACAUGCUCAGGAAACGACAGGAAUGUGGACUGUUCAGGCAGAAACUUAACUGUGCUGCCACAGGGACUUCAGGACAACAUCACCUAUUUAAAUCUGUCCUUUAACCAGUUUGUAGAUCUCGACCAUCAGCUAACGAGAUUCACCAAUUUGAGGACCCUUGAUAUUUCAAAUAAUUGGCUCAAGAAUGUUCCUGCUCACCUACCCAAGUCCUUAUGGGAAUUAUAUGCCAUAAACAACAACAUUAAAGUUCUUCAGAAACUUGAUACAGCUUACCAGUGGAAUCUCAGAGUGCUUGAUGUUUCCAGGAAUAUGGUGGAAAGAGCUGUUCUGAUCAACAACACUCUGAGCAGCCUCAAGUUUCUCAAUCUCAGUAGCAACAAACUGUGGACAGUUCCAACCAAUAUGCCCUACAACAUAGAGACCGUGGAUCUAUCCAACAACUUCUUGUCCCAGAUACUUCCAGGAACACUGGUGAGACUACAGCACCUCACAAGCCUCUACCUGCACAACAACAAGUUCACGUACAUUCCUGACAAAGCUUUUGACCAGCUCUUUCAGCUCCAAGUGGUUACACUAUAUAACAACCCAUGGUCCUGCAGUGACAAACAAAACAUCCCUUAUUUGCUCAGAUGGGUGCAGGGAACCGCGGCCAGCGUGGUCGGGGCUCCCUGUGCCAAUCACUCUGUGCUCUGGGUGGAUGCCCCACCGACUUCAGCAGCUCCCAUGGGGACAGACUCCAGCUCCAUGAUCCAAGGGAUGAAGGCAGCAGACAAAGCUGCUUCUCCAGGGGCAACCCAAAUGACAAAAGUGCAUAAACAGUUUAAAGCUGAGGAAGUCACUACCUUGGCAACCUUAAGCCCAACCGUAGUGUUCACGAGCACGGACCGACCACUGCUCCUCUACCCAGAAGACCUGACAACGAGGAAGGUCAGCUCUCAAGAAGCAGCAGCCACACACACCAUCUACAUCAGAGAUUCAGCUGAGGUGAACUCCAGCCUGACGCCUCCCAUGGGAUCCUCCACAACUCCUCUGACUUUAAGCAUCACCAGCGGAAUGCCAACAAACUACUCCAAAAUGCCUCAAAGCACAACUGCUACCUUAAGGAAGGAGGAAGCCACUACAAAUGUUUUGAAUACUCACGUGCCCUCCCAAGCAAGUAUCCGUGAGAUGUAUCUGCUCUGUGUCGUGAUGCUUAGUGCAGUGGCCGUGUUUAUUGACUAA